AACACAACACUACCAAUUAAUAGUAGCAAUCUCAAAGUGUCCUACUCUUAAAACAUUCCAUUUCCACCACUUCCCCAAUCAUCAUAACACCAAAAUGAAGACACAACAAUCUCUCUUCUCAGCCUCAAUUCUACUACUAGCACUUGCCUUCUUCCAAUACACUUCAGCCCAACUCUCACCAAUUCAGUCCCCCGUGUCAGCUCCCCCAGCACCACCACUACCACAUCCACCAGUCACAGCACCAGCACCAGGAUUCAACACAGUUCCCCUAGUGCCAGUGUCACCCUCCGGUGCACCCACACCCAUCAUCCCAAAAGCUCCCUCCAUUGACAUAGUCCAAAUUCUGAGAAAAGCAAAGAGAUUUUCCACUCUCGUUCGCCUCCUCAAGACCACCCAAUUGAUCAACCAACUAAACUCACAGCUACUAACCUCAGGCUCUGGAGGAUUGACCCUUUUCGCUCCAGAGGACAAUGCCUUCUCAAAGCUAAAAGCAGGGUUCCUCAACUCCCUCAGUGACAGACAAAAAGUGGAGCUGCUUCAGUUCCACACCCUCUCUUCUUUCAUCUCAAUCUCAAACUUCGACACACUCACCAACCCAGUUCAGACUCAAGCCGGUGACGACUCCAAACGCUUGCAACUCAACGUCACCACUUACGGUGGCAGCCAAGUCAGCAUGGCAACCGGCGCCGUUAACGCCACCGUUACCGGAACCGUUUACACGGACAGCAAGCUUGCCAUAUAUCAGGUGGACAAGGUGCUUCUCCCUCUUGACCUCGUGCUUCCUAGCAAGGCUCCGGCACCCGCACCUUCCGCCAAAACCAAGACCGAUAAAACGAAGUCGUCAAAUGUUGACGGUGCUGCCGCCGGUGACGAUGGUGAUAGUGAUAGUGGUGAUAACAAGGACUUGCCAGCGGAAGCUUCUGCCGGUUCGAAAUUCAAUGUAGAGGGAAUGUGGGUUUGUGUUGUUGUUGGGGUGGCUUUGAUUAUAUGAUAUGAUAUGAGGUGGAUGUAAAAGGGUGAGUGGUUCGUCCAAUAAUUUUGUUGUGCUGUUAGAGGUUUUGUUAGUGAUCCUCAUCCAUUGUUGUAUUUGCCUAUUUGCUAUUCUUAUCUAAUGGUUUGCAUGUAGCUUACGAUAUAUAUGGUCGAUUUCUUCUUCGUUUUUAU